AUGGAACUGGACAAGAACAGCAGUGUUAAAAGCAAAAGCGGGCUCUUCGUUCAGUCCUCCCACCUUUUAUCUUACUCUGAGAAAGUUGAGCACAGUAUCAGAGACCUUGCAGCAGAAAUUAACCGUUCUGUUUUUGGCCAGGCAUGUUCCAUAAAUGUCUCAGAGUUAAAGUUGUCAGAGGAAGGCUUACCUUAUUUAAGUUCGUCUUUAGAUGCAGAUAUUGAAAUGUACAAUAAAGAGAGAAGGACAAUUUGCUGUGCCUGUGGAGAUAAAAGCGAGGGAGAAGCUAGUAUGUUGGGAAUGGCAUGCAACGAUAUGCAUUUUCUUUGCAGGGUUAGUGAUGAGUACAGACAAAGUGAUUUAGGGGAGGAUUCACAGCUGGAGUAUCUCAGUGCUGAUGAGCAAGAUUAUUAUGAUAGGAAUAGCUCAAGUGGGAUCUGUAAGCAAACAAAAACUGUAGGAAUCCAAACUUUAAAGUUGAUAGAUCGAGCUCGUGAAGUUCCAGGGGGUGGAGUCACAAAGGAGCAAGAUCUUGCUAAUGUGUUAGAAGGUUGUUCUCCUAUCUGUAAAUACUGCAUAGGUGAUCAGAUCUGCAUAGAAGCAGCUGUGCCAGAACUUCCCCAAGCACUUCGGGACUGUCUCUCUCUGCCAGCGUACAAAGACACGAGUUGUGAUCAUGAAGAAGAGCAGACAGAGUAUCAUAGUGUUCUUUACGAAGGUACACUUGAAAGUCAUGCUUGUGGGAGUAAAGAAAGGGUUUCUCCAAAUCCGUUCAUACAUGGCACUUUAGAAAAUGAAAAGGUGGAAGACGUUCCUUUGAUUGAUGGCACACAGUCAACCAAAAUGGCUGUAAAUGAGAAACCGGUCGAAAGGAAUGAUAGACGUAUUCACAGCGUCUCCGUGAAGCAAGACAAUCCUUCCCUUUCACCACAGGAAAGGUCCCCUGCAAUAGCCACGCCAUUUUGCCAAAGUGCAGGCGAGACUAAUUCUUACAGGUGUGAUGAAGCCUUUGUGUGUGUACUUGGUACCAGCUGUGUUGACUGUGCUCAGAAGGAUGUUGAAACCAAGUGUCCUGUCCCCCAAACUGAUGCUAGAGAGAAUCCCUUGUUUGGGCUGGAAGUUGUAGGUAAACCUGGAAACACCAGCUCUCCGAACCUGGAACUGGAGUGUCAUGCAAACUUGAGUAAUGUUACCAGUGACUCUAAAGUUACCGUUCACCAGACCGUUGAUGCAAGUUCUGAUUUUAGAGCUUGCUUUACAACAAGUAGAGCUACCAGUGCCCAGGCUUGUCUAGUAUCCAGGGCUAUUAAUACAGAGAUAACAAUGAUGAACAAAUCCAGACCUGUGGAAUGGCGCCGUGAAAUCUGUGCCGAUGUUGCUUGCAAUACUGACUGGUCAUGUGUAUCUGGUAGUACAGAGGAAACUUGGUCACAGUUUACUGACCUAUUGGAAAAACGUUUAGAUGGCGGUACUGCAACAGCUGAAAGGAGUUCACAAAUUCAGGAUCCGUGGGAAUUAAAAAAUAAGCUGUGUAGCAGUGAUUUAAAGAUAAGCACUGACAGGCCCCUACAUUUUGACAAACAAACUGUGGAGGACUCUGAAUCAAGCUACUGCAGAAAAAUACUGCGGAGAGCUGUCGAAGCGGAAUUGCAGAUUCUAAACAUUCAUUAUCAGAUGUGUUGCCAUCAUUGCUUGAAGAUUUACAAACUGUUUAUGGAGGAAGAAAAAUAUUUUAACAGAUGUAAUAAAAAUGGUUUUGCUAAGACUGAAUUGAACUCAUCUCUCCUGUCCGUUUUGGAAGAGCUAAAAAAGAGCUAUGAGAGUCUGAAAAAGAAAAUAGAAAUGGGCAUACCAUUAAAUGCACUUCCCCCUCUAUCGGUUGAGACAAAGUUGUUCCCAGUCUUUUCUUCUUAUGUCCCAUGCAAGGUAUACAGGGAGAAUCUUUGCUCUGCUUCCCCUUUAGGUGCCAGAAAAACAGACCUUGAAGAACCAAAACUACAAGAAAUGAAAAUUUCUGUCGAUGUGGACAGUCCUCAGACAGCGUGUUUAACUGAUGGCAGUCAGCCUGGACACCGUACUUCGUCCAAGACGUUUGAAGACCAACGUAAAGAUCAGGAUGUGGAAUACAACUGCAGAAAAAAUGAAGUGAAUGAACGUUGGUUUGAUGCUAAAGAGAACUUGUCAGCAACAGAUUUUUCAGUAACAUUUGAUGAAAAGCAGCAAGAAAAACAAGGCGCAGAUGGUUCAAGAGAAGUGAAGAUAAUUGACAGUGCAAAUGAGUAUUUUUUUGUUCAUGUUGGAGGCUUAAGUUCUUCUGUGUCAGAGGAUGAUUUAAGAUCGCAUUUCCAGAAGUAUCAGGUUUCUCGCGUUCUUAUCUGUGCAGAUUCUGCUAGCUACAGAUACGCAUUUCUUUGCUUUAAAGAAGCUAAUAAAGCAAAGUUAGCUGUAGAAGAAAUGAACAGGAAAGAAAUAAAAGGAAAGACUGUAAGUCUUGAACUUGUAAAAAAUGCAUCAGAGAACAGAUCUUCAGUCUCUCAGAACCUUUUGAAUAAGUCUUGGUAUGAAAUCCAAUCUAUUAAUAAGUGUCAAAAAGACGUUCAAGAUAAAACAUUCACUUUGGCUUCCAAUUCUGUGAAAGCGUCUGCUGCCACCUCUGCUUCUGAGAAGGUGCUUCUCCUUCCCGCGACUCCCUCAGAAGUUACUCGUGCUACUCAAGUCCCCUCAAAAGCGAACUGCCUUGGUCUGAAACCCUGUACUGAAGGCUCAGAACAUUCUUUGGUUGAAAUUAAUCAACAGGAUACUGGAGAGAAUUCUCUGCAGAAAACACCUGCUCUUUUCUCCCCUAAUCCAUUUGAUACCUUUAUUCCUCCUAAUACACUGAACUUGAGCAGCUUUACCAAAUUAAUGAAGAAACUUCAAGAAAUGCAUCCAGAGGCUAGUAGGGAGAAAAUUGUAGAUGCUCUGCUGGAGGUGAGAACAAACAAUAAGGGUAUCCUGAGUGGCUUGUCCAUAAAUUCUAUUGUGAAAAGGACCUCUCUAAUUCUAAGGAAAUCCAUGCCCAAGAGUGGGGGGAAAAAGGAAUGUAAAUAAGUGAUUCUCUGACAAGGAGGAAUUGAUCAUCUCGCUUGGAAGAUUUUGCAAACUCUAUACUCCAGCUUGUUCCAGGAUCAUAUUGUGUUUCUUACUGGUUUUACUGCAGCGGAUCUUAAUGAAAAUUCACGUAGCAUCAUCGCAUGAUUUGUGGUCUUACGCGAGACAAAAUAACCUGAAGAUCGCUUGGGGGUGUCUUUUUGUGUAUGAAGAUCUUAAGUGGUUCUUCCCAGUUUUCCUGUUCUCCACAGUUGGCUCAAGCAUUCAACAACAGGUUUCUCUAAGUGAUAUAAUUAAAGGAGAAUGUUUCAGUGAAACAGGACUUCUCCAAUACUGGAAGGACGUUUCUAUGCUUAGUGAUCACUGAAGUAGACAACCCCCUUAAUUCUUAUACACCUCUUAAUUUUAGGCAUUUUAGGUAGCUGGUAAGUUGGUUCAAAGUACUACAUGUUUAAUAAAUUGCCAACGUGUUUAAGUUCUUUCCAGAUCAUCUCAUUCUGAAUAGUUUGUAGAAAUCUCACGUAUCCUUUUAACACAAGGCAGGGAAGGGACGACGUCAGAGGAAGCUUUGUUUUACAAAACCAGGCCUCAGUGUUUCCCAUACUCAUGGACUUUGUUACGUAAACUGCAGUGUUACAACAGCAGCAAUUAUUCAGGAGCAGAGUGAUCUUGAGUCCAUUUUCAUUUGGCAGUUCUGUAACGUGCUUCUGAGUCUGAUGGCCAAAUACUUCCUUCAGGAUGAUGUUCCACCCUAGACUUCUUUUCAGAAUAUGGAAUUUUUUUUUUUUUGGUCUUAUAAAUCCACUUCCAUGGCUGUAAACAGAGGAUGGGUGCCUAAAUCCUUCCGUUGUGCCACAUAGCCUGGUAUAGUGGGACAUCCCCCAGAGGAAACUUGGUUUGCAUUGCAUAAGUUGACACAAGGGGAGGGGGAAGGAUGGGGGGGAUGCAAGCGUAUUCUUUUGUGUGUGUGGUUAGUGUACAGAAGGGGUAUAGCUUUUAAAUCCUCUUCUAGCAGAUGAAGAAAAGGCAGCUUGGGUGUAUGUGUCUGGUAAGGGGGUGAGGAGAACUAUCUUUGCUGCUGCCAGGCACAUGUUACCGUAUCGCAUGGCGAGGCAGUACGUUGUGGCUGUCCAAAUCUCUCUCUUUGUUAUACUUUGUUCUCGAUCCAGGCUGCAUUUGCUGCUGAAGAGAGUCUGUCUUG